ACGUGAAGGCGUCAUAAAACCCGGCGCACAUUACGGUCCGCGAGCGGUCACUUUUAACAGUCCGAAAACCGUCAACAUAGAUAGAAGAGCUGCGAGGGGCUCUGACAGCAGCAGAGGUCGAGAGCGCUCAUGACACAUGACUCAUGGGGAGAAAACAUUAACUAAAACUAUUUUUAUUGGAAACAUAUUUGAGGCGCUAGUUCUACUGUCACAAUGACCGGAGGCAGCGGUGUCGAGGGAGUUUCAUGCGUUUAACAACCCUGGAUGUUUUUCUCUUUUUUUAUUUGGACUUGGAUGACAAACCCCCCAUUAAACUUACUCUGAGAAAACAGCGAGGCUAUUGUCCCUGGGCUGUCAGUGGUGAGUUUUUAUUUCCCACGUUACAGCUAAGAGCGGGCAUUUAUCAGAUUAACAUCAAGACUUAAUAAAAAAAGGAAGGAAGAAAAACGCCACGAAGGCUUAUUGAUUUCUGAACUAAUUCAAGUGGAUCAAGUUCAAUCUUGACUGACUUUAUCUGACUUAAAAUCGAAAGACACCUAAAACGAAGCUGAAGUAAACACUGGAGUUACCUGGAGCAAGGAGCUGAAUGGCCUCUGUUGUAGCAGUGAAAACUGAGAAGCGUCCUGCAGCUGAUUCUCAGGAUGCAGAGUCAAACGCUAAAAAGCCCAGGAAACUGCUGCCCAGCCUGAAGACCAAGCGAGCCCCCGAGCUUGUUCUGGUGAUUGGUACGGGGGUGAGCUCUGCAGUGGCUCCGCAGGUUCCUGCUCUUCGCUCUUGGAAGGGGCUUAUACAGGCCCUCCUUGACGCAGCCAAUGAUUUUGAUCUGCUGGAGGAGGAGGAGAGCCGGCGUUUCCAGAAGCACAUGCAGGAAGAUAAGAAUUUGGUGCAUGUGGCCCAUGACCUCAUUCAGAAACUUUCCCCGAGGACGGGAAAUGUUCGAUCCACGUUCUUCAAAGACUGUCUGUACGAAGUGUUUGACGACUUGGAGUGCAAGAUGGAGCACGCAGGGAAACACCUCUUGCGAUCUGUGCUGCAGUUGAUGGAGAGCGGCGCGUUGGUGCUUACCACCAACUUCGACAACCUGCUGGAGAUCUACGCAGCCCACCAAGGCACCAAACUGGAGUCUUUAGACCUGACUGAUGAGAAGAAGGUGUUGGAGUGGGCUCAGGAGAAACGGAGGUUAAGCGUUCUGCAUAUUCACGGCGUUUACACUAACCCGUGUGGCAUUGUGCUGCACCCUGCUGGCUACCAGAAUGUACUGAGGAACACUGAGGUUAUGCGUGAGAUCCAGAAGCUAUAUGAGACUAAGUCCUUUGUGUUCCUCGGCUGCGGACGCACGGUGGACGACACGACCUUUCAGGCCUUGUUCCUGGAGGCGGUCAAACACAAGUCGGACCUGGAACACUUCAUGCUUGUGCGGCGGGAAGACGUGGGAGAGUUCAAGAAGCUGCGUGACAACAUGUUGGACAAGGGCAUCAAGGUAAUCUCAUACGGCGACGAGUACGCUGACCUGCCCGAGUACUUUGAGAGGCUGGCCAACGAGAUCUGCAACCGCGACGUCUCUACCAACGGCUGGGGAUCACCUUCACAAAACGCAGAGGAACAGCAGAAUGGCUUCAGCACACAGAAAAACCUCCUACAGGGCUAAGACCAGAUGCAACUCCUUCACUCGGAGAAGAUGCCACUUUCAAGAGACAUUUUCAGAAUAACACAACUUAAACUUGGCCCAAAACUCAUUUCCGUAAUGCAUGGAAAGUGUCAUCUGUGAAAGAAUAUUUGAUUUUCUUAAUUUUUCAAAUCAUCGUUUUAUAUAUAUAUAUAUAUUUUUUUUUUCUUUCAGCAGACUUUUGUAAUCCGUUUCUUUUACAGCUUGUGCUGGAUCUAGUUCACCAAGUGCUAUCUAGUCUAAUAUUUUACUAGAUGAUUGUUGGGUGAGCUGAAAGCCGUCAGUAUUUCCCCGAUGCUCGUUUUAUUUCAUUUUUAAAUGAGUUGAGAUAAAUCUGUCAAUGCCAAAACCAAAAACCUCAAACCCCAUUUCCCAACAUUUAAACGCUGUAGAAAUCCUGGUGUUUGGGAGAAACUAAAUGCUGGUGUGCUUAGCGUGCAACUGUACUCGGAGGACAGACUGGUAUGUUCUCACCUCAGACUUGACGAAGCUCAUAGCUCUGCAAAUUAAAUAUGCAUUAAAAAAAAAUGCAUCACCUUGGGAGUACCUUCCCGGUAUUCGCUCCAAGGCACAACAUGCGCUCCUGACUGAAAACAAGCCUUGCGUUGAUGGAUUGAAUCCGUCACGCUGAACCCAGUUACCGGAAUAAUUAAGGAAAGGGACGGACGGAAUAUAAUUUCUCCAGAAAUAUGACAAGUAAAUGAGUCUGUUACAUAAAAAAAAGGUCAGGAGUUUUCUCAUAAUAGCCCCUUUGCUUAAAACAAGUGUUCUUUGUAAGCUUUUUUUUAAAUGUAUUUUUAAAACCUGCAUGUGUUUCUGGUGUAGUAUUUAUAAGAACCAUUUUAAAAAUAAAGCUUUUGGUAUCCCA